AGAAAACACUGAAAUACAGAUCUUCAAAUUACUAUUUUGAUAAUAUGCUUUCUACAUAAAUAUUUCUGUAAUUAUUUUAAUUUAUUUGUGUGUUGUCCGUGUGAUUUAUGUUUUCAGGAACAAACAGAAAAGUCUGGAGGACUACUGUCAGAAAAGAACACCCUGCACCCCCCAGGAGGUGGCUGUACUUACUGAGAGCGUCCUGUCUAUGAUUCUGAAAGACAUGAGGGCACUUGCUGACCACUUUUCAACCAGGUUCAGAGGACCCGUCAGCUGGUACACAGUGGACCUCGACUUGCCGCCCAGCAAGAGAUGGACGGCUGUGAUCACUGAGAAAAAACAAGAUCUGAUCAGCUUGAUUCAAGCCGUCAGAAAUCUGGCAAAUGCUUUUGUGCCCAGCGGGAAGCUGAUAGAGCUGGUUGAUAUUACACUGCCUUUGAUGGCGAACACACUACCAAGUCCGUUUGGUGAGGAGAUCAAAGGAAUAGCUGAGGUUUCAGGGGUUCCUCUUGGUGAAGUGGUGUUGUUUAACAUCUUCUAUGAGAUUUUCACCGUGUGCACCUCUGUUGUAGCAGAAGAUAAGAACGGUAACCUCCUUCAUGGCAGAAAUCUAGAUUUUGGGCUGUUUAUGGGCUGGGAUGUGAAAGACAAGUCGUGGAUCAUCAGUGAGAAGCUAAAGCCUCUAGUGGUCAACCUAGACUUCAGAAAGAACAGCCAGACGGUUUUUAAGUCCACUAACUUUGCUGGCUACGUUGGCAUGCUGACUGGUAUCAAGCCUCACACCUUCACCCUGACCAUGAACGAGCGCUUCACCCUGGAUGGAGGAUACAUCGGAAUCCUGGAGUGGAUCAUGGGACAGAGAGACGGGAUGUGGAUGAGCUUUCUCACUCGAUCUGUCUUGGAGAAUGCGAACAGCUAUGAGGAAGCCAAAAGGCAACUGGCCGAGACGAAGAUGCUCGCUCCAGCUUACUUCAUCCUCGGAGGAAACCAGAGGGGGCAGGGCUGCAUCAUCACCCGCUCCAGGCAGCACAGCAUCGAUGUGUUGGAGAUUGAUGUGAAACUGGGUCGUUGGUACGUCCUGGAGACAAACUACGACCACUGGAAGGAUCCGUUUUUCCUGGAUGACCGGAGGACUCCUGCCAUGAAGUGUAUGAACCAGACCACACAGGCAAGAAUCUCUGUGAAUACGCUGUACGACGUGCUCUCGACUAAACCCGUGUUGAACAAGCUGACCACAUACACGGCUCUGAUGCAAGUGUCAGAGGGCAAACUGGAGUCUUACAUCCGGGACUGUCCAAGCCCAUGCAUGCCUUGGUGAUCCUCUGAUUCCUGAUCAGUUUGGGGAUCUUUGCACAAAAUGUCAGGCUUUACAAUGGUUUCCAUAUAGAUUUACUGAGCAGAAUUGCUGUUUUAACCUUCCCACUGUCUUUAUGGGUGACCCCACGAGGAAAGUUGACCAUUGAGCAGGAUUGAUAGUUUAUGCCUUGAGGUCCAUGUGGCAGGGGUGAGGCGGUGCUCACUCCUCACCCCUGCCACAUGGACCCAAUGGAUUAACAAUCAACCCUACUCAAUGGUCAACUUUCCUCGCGGGGUCACAACUAUUAAGAGAGUGGGAGGGUUAAGCACUAACGUCAUCUGAUUUAAGCUUUAAAGUAGCACUAAACCGUUUCCUGCUCCUCCGCCCUACUGGUUAAAAGUUAAAUUACAACUGAAGCAGCCUGCUGUAGCUAGUGCUAAUAAUGGGCUAACACAAACAUGAGCCAGCUGAUACUAAAUAAGCCACUAAGUUGAAAGAUCCACACUAUUGAACAAAUAAUAUUAUUAUUUACAAGUCCAGAAGCAAGAAAGCCAGCUGGCUUUCACCAUCAGCCCGUGAUUUCUUUUAGCCUCCUUUAGCUCCUUCAAACAAGUGUAGGUCGCGUGGAUGUUCACACUGGUUUUAGCUCUUUGCUUCACCUCCUAAGACGGGUGUGUCCAAAGUGUGGCCUGUGGUUCAUUUGCGGCCCUCUGAGUGGUUUUGCAUGGACCUCACUAGCGUUUUUAGAAUUGUGGAAUUUAGUCUCUGCCGGAGGCUGUUAAGAUAAAUUCAUAUAUUUUAAGUUCAAAUGUUUACUACUAUAUCGAUUUUAGGCCUUUUUUGAGCAGAAAAAAAAUGUUUUAUUUCUACAUUUUUGUGGCCCGUGAAAAGUUUGAACUUAAUGAUUUUGGCCCUCAUCUUGAAAAGUUUAGACAUCCCUGUUCCAAAAAUGGCUGCUCCGUGAUGCCAACAAUAAAGAAAACUUUUUUUUCUUGUGGUUAUUUUUUAGGGACGGUUAGCAAACUGAAAAAGUGAAUUGCUAGCCUUUUAUUAGUUACCAGCACAGAAAAUAGCUAACAGCUGUAAAGCAGGUAAAGAGCGCCCCCUAGAACACCUACCUGCUCCACAAAACUAAGUGCAGGAUCUGGCCAGCAGAGGGCUGUCAAAUGAGACCAAUGUUAAAGUUCUAGCUUAAAGUUAAAAAAUCUAUUUAGUAGGGCUGCACAAUAUUAGGAAAACCUGUGAUAUUCGAUAACUGUGCUUAAUAUUGCGAUAUCGAUAUCACUCACGAUAAAUGAACAAAUACUAAAGUAUGCAGUGUUGAUGUAGUCUGGCGUGUGACGUCUGCUCUGGUUUCAAAGCAAACAAAAACUAAUGCAUGAAUUCCAUUACAACAUAACAUUUUUAUUGCAAAAACAUGCAGCUGCACCUGCUACUGUAUUAGCAGCUGCACCUGCUACUGUAUUAGCAGCAAAACAACAAACUGCAUGCAUGCAGUUUCUCAGUGACUUUAAAACAUCACCUCCACGAUAAAACUUUUUCUGAUGUUCCAAAUACAGAAAAACAUCCCUUACCAGGGUUUUUAUAAUAAAUAAAAAAAUCUGAAAAUAAGGUUAAAUGUUAAAUAAUAGUUAACAUCACUUAAAUGCAACAGCAAAUUCUCUCAUUGCUACUGAACAUUUUCUCCACUUAUGUGGUUAUGAUAUAAGGCUGUUGCUGCUAUUGGGAAGUGAACUGUGCUGGGCCAAACUAGGAGAAUAUUAAGAUUUUCUGAGGGAAAGAGAAAAACAAUUGUCUACCUUUCAGAAGAGGAACUGGCAAAAAAAUACAUGGAAAUUAUGUGAAAAUGUUUGUUUUUAACCCCAAAUUGAACAAGUUUGCCUAGAACUUAAAAAGCAGCUCGGUUGAUGAAACUGCAACUAUGAUUCUGAUAACAAGCUAACAAAUUGAACUAGCUCCUCUAAGAUAACCGGCUAGCAGAGCUUCUGACUGACAGUUUAUGUGCAGCAGCAAAUCAACUAUCCUGAUUAACAAGGUUAUAAAAGCUCAUGAAUGAAAAAUCACUUUGAUGUGUGGGGGAACUUUUCCAGGCCCUCUUUAGCAGGGUGGGACUGGGAGAAGAGUGCUGUAGCCUUUUAGCUGGAAGCUAACCGGAGCCUGGGGCUAACGUCACCACCCGGUGGAACACUAGCGACAUGAAGGUGGGUUGGUUGGUUCGCCGGCACGUGUCAAAGUCAGCCCGGUAAAAAUGAUUAACGACACCGAGCGGAGUCACGUUCAUGUUUGAAAGCAGAGCUGAUUCCAGAAACCUCAGCACAAAGUGCGUUCAUUGCUCUGAGCCAGCAUGACGAAAAAGGUAACGGUGCCGCUAACUUUCCAUCCUAAGGGUCUACGUAGGGGGCGGGUGUAUUACGUGAACGGACCCAUCUGAUUGGCCGCAUAUCAGAAGGGCUACAUUUGAUUGGUCAAAUAAUACUUCCGCGUAAAAAACAGAGCUGGUUUACAAGAAGUUGAUGUAUGACACAGAUGGAAAUGUUGAACCAAACAUUUAUCGCCGUUUUUGACGUGCUUUGCGAUGGGCCUAUCGCACGUCUUGUUAUCGCGAUGACGAUAAUUUUUCGAUAUAUUGUGCAGCCCUACUAUUUAGUGUUACUUUAACUGUGUGUAGUCGGGCACUUUUUAAGAAGUGGCAAAACUAAAUCCAAGGUUUUGUUCUAUGAGGGAAAUGGACAUCAAACCUGUAAAUGUUUUCUUGUUCUUAGAGAGAACUGAAUGAAUCCAAAUUUACAUGUUUAUGUAAAAUGCACAAAUGAUCACUAACAAAUGUACCUCUGUACUGACUAAUUUUUCACAUUUUAAUGAAUAAAAUGAUUUUCAAGUUUA